AUGAAAAUUAAUAAUAAUAUUCCGAACUAUCUGAAAUUACCUCAUAUCGGACAUCAAUGGAAAUUUUUAAAAAAUAUAGAACUAAAUACAUUUACUAAUAGCAGUAUGGAAUAAUCAUGUAAAAACAAUAACAACAGUUUAAUGACUAAUAGUAAUAUAUGUCCUAAUCGCACUUAGUAUGAAGAAACUCCUUAAAAUAAGAAAAAAAGAUUAGCAAAAAGUUAAUCAAUAGAAAUUAAAUAACAAUUAGAUUAAAUUGAUUCAGUAAAAGAAUCAAAUAGUGGAUAAGUAUAAAAAAUGUCAGAUAAUCUCAUUAAAUAAUAUGAUAUCUUAAAAGUAAAUGGAAAAAAGGAUAGCACUGCUAUGAUUAAAACUUAAUUAUAACUUAAUAAUUAAACAGAUAAAAAACCUCAUAUUGAAAAAUGUCAAUCAUUAUAUUAAUUAUAAAAUGAAACAAAAUUAAAUACUAAGUUAUAUGAUACAAGUGAAAUCAAUUCGUUUACUUAAUUUUUUCAAUUAGUAUAAAGUUAAGCAUAGAAUAAAGUAAAAAAAAGAAAAUGUCAAAUCAAUUUUUUUAAAAAGAGUUCAUCUAUGGAUAAUAUUAAUAUAGUAGAACAAUAAAAAAAGAUUACAAAAUUACUUUUACAAUAAAAAAUUAGAAUUAAGCCUAAGUUCUCUCCAACAAUAAAUAUUUAGGAUCUCCUUUAGAAAAAUUGA